AUGGCCAAGACGUAUCAGUUGCCAUUCAAGCUUCAAGACCCCAGUCUUCUCCGUUUCGACUCCUUUGUCGGAGACGAAUGGGUUCAGGCCAAAAGUGGGAAACGAUUCGAAGUCGUUGACCCCGGCACCGACACACCCUGGGCCAGUUGCCCUGCUAAUGGCGUGGAAGACGUGGAUCGCGCUGUCCAGGCCGCCCACGCCGCGUUCGAAACCUACAAGAAGACCAACCCCCGGCAGCGUGCCCAAUGGCUCAUGAAAUGGGACGCUCUCAUCCGGGAGGCGCGGUCCGACCUCGCCCAGAUCCUCACUCACGAGACGGGGAAACCCCUCGCCGAAUCGUAUGGGGAGAUCGACUACGCCACGGGCUUCACCUGGUGGUUUGCUGGUGAGGCGGAGCGCAUCCACGGCACGGUCAGCGUGCCCUCGGCGCCCAACCGGCGCGUCUUCACAGUCAAGCAGCCCAUCGGUGUGGCCGCGGCCUUGGUCCCCUGGAACUUCCCCAUUGCCAUGGUCCUGCGCAAAGCAGGCGCCGCCUUCGCAGCCGGCUGCACAAUGAUCGUCAAACCUAGCCCGGAAACUCCCAUCACCACACUUGUGCUGGCGCACCUAGCGCAACGCGCAGGUUUCCCAGCAGGCGUGUUCAAUGUACUGACCACCGACCUGGAAAAUACGCCGCCGCUCAGCGAGGCGCUUUGCAAACAUCCGCUCGUCAAAAAGGUAACCUUUACGGGAUCCACGCGCGUCGGCAAGCUGAUCGCUGCGCACUGCGCUGAGGGGUUGAAGAAGGUGACACUCGAGCUCGGCGGAAACUGCCCCUUCAUCGUGUUCGACGAUGCGAACCUCGACCAGGCACUGGACCAGCUGAUGGCGCUGAAAUGGCGGCAUGCAGGCCAGGCAUGCAUCACCGCCAACCGUGUAUACGUGCAGGCGGGGAUCUAUGAUAAAUUCGCACAGAUGCUCAAGGAACGCACAGAGAAGUUGGUCGUCGGCCACGGCGCGCACGAGGGCACCACCAUGGGCCCCGUCACGACACCGCGGGGCCUGGACAAGGCGCAGGCGCAGGUCGAGGAUGCGCGCCGGCUAGGGGCGGACGUGAUCCUCGGCGGCGGACCAGUCUCUGGGCAGAGAGGGUACUUCUUCCAGCCAACCAUCCUGACGGGGAUGAGGGAGGAGAUGCUGGUGUCGCGCGAGGAGACGUUUGCGCCCAUUGCGGCGCUCUACCGGUUUGAGACGGAGGAGGAGGCCGUGCGCAUGGCCAACAAUACAAGCAUGGGACUGGCCAGCUACGCGUUCACCAAGAAUAUUGACCGUAUGUGGCGGAUGUUGGAGAAUCUUGAGGCGGGCAUGAUUGGCAUGAACACCGGCAACGCGUCGGCAGCAGAGUCGCCGUUUGGCGGCAUCAAGGAGUCGGGAUACGGCAAGGAGAGUGGGAAAGAGGUGGCUGUCAACGAGUAUCUGAUCACGAAGACUGGAACCCUGACUAUUGAGGGGCAGUACUAG